CCCGUGUCUAAACGGAGGCGUAUGUCACGAUAUGAUAAAUGAGUUUCGAUGCACUUGUGUCAAUGGCUUUACUGGUGCUCGCUGUCAAGUGAAUAUAGAUGAUUGCGCGUCCAGUCCGUGCCGGAAUGGAGGCACCUGUCACGACUCCAUCGCUGGUUAUACGUGUGAAUGUCCCCCGGGAUACACGGGAAUGUCUUGCGAGACAAAUAUCAACGAUUGCUUAUCAGCGCCUUGCCACAGAGGUGAAUGUAUCGACGGCGACAAUAGCUUCACCUGUAACUGCCACCCAGGGUAUACAGGUCGGGUUUGCCAGACGCAGAUCAACGAGUGUGAAUCAAACCCCUGCCAGUUCGGAGGUCAUUGCGAAGAUCUAAUUGACGGGUAUCAAUGCCGAUGUAAACCUGGUACUUCUGGAAGAAACUGUGAGAUCAACGUAAACGAAUGCUACUCAAAUCCGUGCAGGAAUGGUGCUACAUGCAUAGACGGUAUCAACAGGUAUACGUGUGAGUGCAUCCCUGGAUUCACUGGGCAACACUGCGAGACGAACAUCAACGAAUGUCUGCCCAACCCAUGCGCUAACGGCGGCAAAUGUAUCGACCGCAUCAACGGUUUUCGCUGCGAGUGCCCUAGAGGAUACUACGAUGCUAGGUGUCUAUCCGACGUGAACGAAUGUGCCUCAAAUCCAUGCACAAACGGCGGCAGCUGUGAAGAUGGAGUCAACCAGUUUAUUUGCCAUUGCCUGCCAGGUUACGGAGGCCAACGCUGUGAGAGAGAUAUUGACGAGUGCAGCUCAAAUCCUUGCCAACACGGAGGAACUUGCCACGACAGGUUGAAUGCGUAUAAGUGCGACUGCGUCCUUGGUUUCACCGGUGUGAAUUGCGAGACGAACAUAGAUGACUGCGCGGGAAAUCCGUGUUUGCAUGGUGGAUCAUGCAUCGACCUGGUAAAUGGAUACCGUUGUGUGUGCGCGCCACCACACUCCGGCAGGAACUGCGAGAACACGCUCGACCCGUGCUCACCCAACCAAUGUCGACACGGUGGUCGUUGCAUCGCUGAAGCUUCGUACGCGGAGUUUACGUGCCAAUGUCCAGUAGGUUGGACAGGUGCUCUGUGCGAACGAGACGUCGAUGAAUGUGCGGUCACAGCGCCCUGUCAUAACGAAGCCACAUGUAUCAACACCGAAGGGUCGUAUACCUGCCUCUGUGCUAUCGGUUACGAAGGGAAGGACUGUGCUAUCAACACAGAUGACUGUGCUUCGUUCCCUUGUCAAAAUGGCGCUACCUGCUUGGACAGUAUCGGUGAUUACAACUGCGUGUGCGCAAGCGGUUUCGCUGGAAAACAUUGCGAAGUUGAUAUUGACGAGUGCCAAUCAAGACCUUGUAUGAAUGGCGCCACUUGCAAUCAGUACGUGGCCUCGUACACAUGCACUUGUCCACUGGGUUUCUCUGGGAUCAACUGUCAGACGAACGAUCAAGAUUGCACUGACUCCAGCUGUAUGAACGGAGGCACCUGUAUCGAUGGCAUUAACUCUUACAACUGCUCUUGUCCGCCUGGGUAUACUGGUUCGAAUUGCCAGUUCAGAAUAAACAUGUGCGAUAGUUCGCCGUGCAGUAACGGCGCGACUUGCCACGAUCACGUCACUCACUACACUUGUCAUUGUCCAUACGGCUACACAGGAAAACACUGCGAGGGAUACGUCGAUUGGUGUGAAGGCAAUCCAUGUGAGAACGGCGCGACAUGUUCCCAAAAGGGACCGCAGUAUACUUGUACAUGUGCACCAGGAUGGUCUGGGAAACUGUGCGAUGUAGAAAUGGUAUCUUGUAAAGACGCGGCUAUCAGAAAAGGAGUCAAGUUGAAACAACUUUGCAACAACGGCACAUGUGACGACAUAGGUAACUCGCAUCGCUGUCGUUGCCUUGAUGGGUAUACUGGUUCAUAUUGCCAGAAAGAGAUCAACGAAUGUGACUCCGCUCCAUGUCAACACGGCGCCAUUUGCAAAGACCUAGUCGGUACUUACCAAUGCCAAUGUGCCAAAGGUUUCCAAGGCCAGAACUGUGAACUUAACGUAAACGACUGCUUGCCCAAUCCGUGUCAAAACGGUGGUACGUGCCACGAUCUCAUCAACAACUUUUCCUGUUCUUGUCCCUUCGGUACUCUAGGCAAGAUUUGCGAAAUCAACGUCAAUGACUGCAAACAAGACGCGUGUCACAACAACGGUUCAUGUAUCGAUAAAGUUGGAGGGUUCGAAUGUAAAUGUCCGCCCGGUUUUGUCGGACCACGAUGCGAAGGCGACAUAAACGAAUGCCUCUCGAACCCUUGCUCAAAACCUGGAACUCAAGAUUGCGUUCAGUUAGUGAACGACUACCACUGCAACUGCAAACCGGGCUAUAUGGGAAGACACUGUGAUGCAAAAGUAAAUUUUUGCGCAAACUCGCCAUGCCAAAAUGGAGGUAUAUGUACUGCUAUUCAAGGAGGGCACGAAUGCCUAUGCAAUGAAGGUUUUUAUGGCAAAAAUUGCGAGUAUUCUGGAUAUCCUUGUGAUUCUAAUCCCUGUCAAAACGAAGGAUACUGUCGCACCACCGACAAUGGUAACUACAUCUGCAAUUGCCCUUCAGGAUUAUCGGGUACCAACUGUGAGAUUGAUUCUAUGAACGAAUGUCUCAGUGGUCCCUGUAAGCACCCGGAAGCGACUUGUAUUGACAAACCAGGCGAUUACUUAUGCUACUGCCCACGGCAAUGGACCGGUAAAAACUGUGAUAUCCAUGAUCCACAUUCGAGAGGAGGUUAUGGAAGCCCUGUGCCUGGCGUGUACAACAACAAAAAUCCUACAAUCAACUUCCAAGAAUUCGAUUUAGCUAUCCAAAGAGAACAAUGUGUAAAACUAGGCUGCAAAGAAAAGCAAGGAGACCAUCGUUGUGAUGAGGAGUGUAACACAUAUGCCUGUGAGUUUGACGGCAAUGAUUGUUCUUUAGGCAUCAACCCUUGGGCAAAUUGUACGGCUCCUAUCAAAUGUUGGGAGGUGUUCAUGAACGGCGAGUGCAACGAAGUAUGUAAUACACAAGCUUGCCUGUUUGAUGGAAGAGAUUGUGAAAAAUCGCUGCAGCGGUGUAAUCCAAUUUAUGAGGCAUAUUGCCAGAAGCACUACGCUAAUGGUUAUUGCGAUUACGGCUGUAACAACGCUGAAUGUAACUGGGACGGUUUAGAUUGCGGAAAUGAGCCACCAGAACUCGCCGAAGGCGUGAUGUCAGUAAUUCUCUUGAUGGAUAUAAGAACAUUCAAAGAAAACUCCAAUGCGUUCUUACGAGACUUGGGACAUCAAUUGCGGACAACGAUUCUCAUCAAGAAAGAUCAUCUAGGCAACGACAUGGUUUAUCCUUGGAAAGGAUCAACUGACGUCGGAUUACAGGAUACAGAAUUUGGUAAAAAGCACCACGUCGUGUUCACUGAGCGGGCCCAAAGCGGUGUUCAAGUUUACUUGGAAAUUGACAAUAGAAAAUGCACAACCAUGUCAGGCUCGGAGUGUUUCUUUUCCGCUCGCGAGGCUGCAGAGUUCUUAGCUGCUACGGCGUCCAAACAUUCUUUAUCACCGGACUUUCCGAUAUUUCAAGUUAAAGGUGUUAAUACUCCGACUGCAGGAGAGGACGUCCAGACCAAUUCUAAAUACGUAUUUAUCGGCGUGAUAUUAGUUUUGCUUGCGGGUUUGCUAAUCGGCGUGUUAGUGACGGCACAGAGGAAGCGUGCAGCCGGUAUAACAUGGUUUCCCGAAGGAUUCGCAAGAAGCAACUCUUCAUCGAGACGUAGGUCUAGACGACGGGGACCUGAUGGACAAGAAAUGAGGAAUUUGAACAAAGGCUCUAUAGGUUGUAUCGACGUGGACAUCAAUGGAGGUCAUAUGGGUCCACCACAUUGGUCUGAUGAUGACGAUGAUGGAUCGGCACCGCCAAGGGCGAAGAGAGCUCGCGGUCCGGGUGAUGCUAAUGGUGCACCAGGUGGUUAUGCAUCAGAUCAUACUGCUAUUACGGAUUACGAAGAAGCCGGACACGAUUCGAGGGUAUGGACUCAGCAACAUAUGGAAGCGGCUGAUAUUAGAGACAUCAGAGUGCCACCUAGUAUGAUGACGCCACCAGCUAUCCAUGACGGGCACGUAGACGUUGAUGCUAGAGGACCAUUAGGAAUGACUCCACUCAUGGUAGCGGCAGUGAGAGGAGGCGGGUUGGACACUGGUUCAGAUGCUGAAGAUGAGCAGACAGCUCAUGUUAUAUCGGAGCUGGUCGCUCAAGGGGCACAGCUCAACGCAGCAAUGGAUAAGACUGGAGAGACUAGUCUGCAUCUAGCUGCUAGGUACGCUCGAGCAGACGCAGCUAAGCGUCUAUUAGACGCAGGUGCAGACGCCAACUCUCAAGACAAUACAGGACGUACUCCGCUCCACGCCGCAGUCGCCGCCGAUGCCAUGGGAGUAUUCCAGAUCUUACUCAGAAACAGAGCCACAAAUCUAAACGCAAGAAUGCACGAUGGUACAACACCACUAAUACUCGCUGCUAGGCUAGCCAUCGAAGGUAUGGUGGAAGACCUGAUCAACGCAGACGCUGACAUAAAUGCUGCAGACAACAGCGGUAAGACAGCAUUACACUGGGCCGCCGCCGUAAACAACGUGGACGCAGUCAACGUGCUACUAAUGCACGGAGCUAAUAGAGACGCUCAGGACGAUAAGGAUGAGACUCCAUUAUUCCUAGGCGCCAGAGAAGGAUCAUACGGCGCUUGUCGCGCGUUGUUAGACGCGAUGGCGAACAGAGAAAUUACGGACCACAUGGACCGACUACCGCGAGAUGUCGCUCAAGAGAGGAUGCAUGACGACAUAGUCAGGCUGUUGGACGAACACUGCCCUCGUCCGCCGCCCCAACAUCAUCAUCUCAUGACAUCACCAAAUCCACAUCCGCAACUGAUCAGCCAACCAACGGUGAUCAGUGCGACGGCGACGAAGGGCAAGCCCAAGAAGCCGCGGGCUAAAGUAGGCCCAGACAGCCCCCAAGAUCAAAUUUACGACAAUAACAACUUGCAGCAUACGCAGAUAAGACGGAAACCUAGUGUAAAAAAGAAUAACAAAAAGGUUGCUCAAGAGGUGCCGCAGAGUGUGGAGAGCCUCGGCUGCAGCCUCAGUCCCGUAGAAUCACCGCUGCAAAAUUUACAGCAGUCGUACGGCGGCGGCGCACUGGGCGCGUCGUUAUCGCCCCCCUACUCCAAUCACUCGCCCACGCACAGUAACCAUACAAGCUCACCACACGCUUAUAUAGGAUCACCGUCGCCGGGCAAGUCGCGUCCGUCUCUGCCGACGUCGCCGGCGCAUAUGGCUGCGCUGCGCCACUCCCACCACCACUCCCACCACCUGGACGCCUCCGCUACAGUCGCCGCGUACUCCGCGCUCGCGCAUCUAGGUGCUAACGGUCAACAUAAUCCCCAGCUGCAAGCUAUGAUGACGCACGCAGCUGCCCUCGGACAAGUUCAGGGGGGGCAACAUCCUGCACUCAGUAGUCUAAGUCUGUAUGGGAGUUGGGGUUUAGGAGAGACGUUCCCGACGCCAUCGCCCGAGUCGCCAGACCACUGGUCCACCCCCUCCCCCCAGACUCCGCUCACGCAGUCCCCACACUCCGAUUGGUCAGAUCGCGCCGCGUUGUCCCCUAACGACAUUCAACAAACCAACAAAGGGGCAACCGAGGCCAUCUAUAUAUAAUUUAAUUAAUGAAAAAGUUGUUACUCGUUGAAACCCGUGAUUUGUUAUUUUAAGAGUAAAUCCACAAUGUUUUGUGACGUUUUCGAAAUGUAAAUGAUGGCUCAAGCCAAUAAAAUUGUACAGAGACUCUUAUAAAAUUAAAGGCACCCUGUAUAUUUGUUGUAAGUGUAAAAUGCCAUUAAUGUAUUCGGUACUAUAGUUUUGUUUAGUAAAAAUAUUAUCCACACGAUAUUCGUUAGAAGAGAACGUUAUACGGCUCAAGAUGUUCUUUUUCCAAAAUUACACUAUUAGAAUUUACGUGUCUUUGAAAAAGACUGUAGUGCAAAAACGUCAAAAGUCAAAAUCCUGAGAAUUUUGAGAUUUUGACAAAUGAUUUUUUAAUGUCUCGAUUUGGAGUAAUCUCGAGGUGCUAGUGUGCCGUAGAUAUAGACUGAUUUGUACAGCCAUGACUACUAGUGUAUACAUAAAUUAGUGCACUAAUUAUAUAUACACUAACUCACAAUCUCGCCACUCGAUAAGACUUUCCUGUGUAAUGAAAUAUAAAGUGUAUUAGAAGUAAUAAUAUAUUUGUCAGUCACUUUAAAAGAUCUGUUAUGAAAUAGCGCUUAUGAUGACUGCCUGCUAAUAUUUUGAACUGUAAAGCAGUUAAAAUAUAGCGUGAAAUAUUGUAUUUACCUCUUUAAAUACUAACGUAUUUAAACUUCCGACAUUUCGGAAUAACUUCCGACAUUACAAGAAUACUUUUUUAUUUAAUGCUGACCAUUAUCACAUCAUUGUAUAUUGCAUUUUAGUGGUAAAUUUUGUUGCCUGUAUGUCACAAAUCCAUUGACAUUAUUAUAAUGAAAUGCGCCGCAAUAGAUUGACAUCUUCUAUUCCAUAAAUUGUUAUUGUUAAAUGUUAUUAUUAACUUGUUUAUAUAUAAUUCAGUGUUUUCGAUCAUUAAUUUUAAUGGGAUUUUAGGAUUUCGCAUUUUGAGAUUGUUUUAUAAUAAUUUUGGGAGCAAAUUAUUUAUGUGUGAUUCCUUAGCGCAUAGUUUCUUUAAUGUAGUAUUUUUUUAAUUUAGUGCCGAGGUAAAUACCAAAUUUAAGAAAAUGUCAUCUCUGAUUGAAAUCCAUCUUUAGAUAUUUAUUUUAUAGUUCAAACUGACUUAAUAUCGAAAAUAUAAUUUUGGGAUUUAAGUUUAAUUCGAUCAUUGAGAGUCGUAACUAGAUUUGAUUCAAAAAUACGUUCUGAAGUUGGCGUUUUUUAAAAUAUUUUUUCUGUAUCUUUAUACUGAAACAAGUUUUUAUUUAUUAAAAUUUUAUAAGCGUCAACUAUAGAAGCGUUAUUUUAUUUAUGUUUAUAUUGUUUUAUUAAAGUUUUAAGUAUUUUCCGCUUAACUAAGUCAUUCCACUUUUAAGCUUCCAGUUAGUUUACCCGAAGCGGAUAUCAUGAUAGAUUUUGAAAAAAUAAACUCAUGCAAAAUUAUACUCAAGAGGUUUUAUCUGCUUUUUUGUUUGUUAUUUGCACCAAUUUUGUUAUUAAAAAGAGUUUUAUAUUAAACACAUAGUGCUCAUAAUACAUUCCACAUGAAUUCCAUUCAACCAUUUUCUUACGAAGUUUUCCAAAAAGUACGAGUGAAGUACUUUAAGAUCUCAUCAUUCCAUUGUUUCGCUUUAAAAGGAACUUCCAAAAUUCGUUAACAUUUACUUGGGACCAUACUCUGUGCUCAAUUGUUUAUUAUAACUCCACAUUUGUAUGAUAUUAUUAUUAUUAUUGCUAGUUUAAGUUGAAUACUUCUGCUGAUGUCGUGUGAAAUGCUUACAUUUAUUGUAAAUAUUAUUUUUAUCUUUUUUUAAAUAUAAUAUUUAAAGGUUCGACAGAAUGAUCUUCGUAGCGUUAAGUAUAGUUUUUAAGUUAUAUUUUUCCUUCUGUGUCAUCGUAAAGUGCCAAGGAGCCAAUUGAACUUAAAUGUUUAAUGAAAAAAGAUUUUGACAUAAAAAUUAAAACUAAAUGUACGUAGCUUCAAUACGAGUGAUACUUCUAAUUUAGAUAUAGUACGAGUACAGAUAAGUGAAAUGUGUGCUUCCUUAUAAUGCAUUCUCGUUAUUACGUAUAUUAAGAUAAACCUGUAUUCUUAUGAAGUUCAAAAUAGAUUUCAUCGAAGUACAAAUGUAAAUAACUUUGCCUUAAAAAUUAUCAUUUUUAGACUUACCUUAUUUCUGCAACAUGAUGACAAGUUGAGAUUUAUUUUUUUAUUUUAUCGAGGCAAAGGAAAUAAUGUAAUUCAGUUUAACCCAUGAGAAUGAGUACUCGUGUAGUUAAUAUUGAAAGGGCACAAACAAAUGUAAUAAAAAAAUAAUAUGAUCUUAAAUCUCCGCGUGCCUUUAAAUUAGUUAUAAGUAUAGGAACAAACACUGUAAUUUAAACUAUUUGGUAUAGUUUAGAAGAUCUACGCUAGUUAAUAAACUUCUGUAAAUACAUUUUAUGAUUUAUUUUUAUGAAAUGCAUUUCAUUGUAAGAUUCUAAAAUUCAAGGAGAAUGAACUUUUAAAUAUUUUCCCCCUAAUUGACAAUAAAGGAAUAAAAGUAUUUUCUGUUUGUUUUCUUUAAAUUCCAAAUUGUGUGGCAAAGUA